AUGGACGCACGGGUGGGCCCCGGGACUGUCAUGAACGCAGCAGAGGAGGAUGCGCUUGAAGACAUUCUGCUGUACGCUGGUCGGAACUAUAUUCCGCUCACCACCGCAGACGUCACGGAGCGUGUGAGACAGCUCUGCAACGACGGUCGACCGAUCCCGUGGACCCCUGACAAGGGCCCGGGGAGGAGCUGGCUUGAGGGCUUCCUCGGACGGCACGAGCGCAUCAGCCUUCGACUCGCCCGCAUCUACGAGUCCAACAGGAUAUGGGUGCGUGGAAGAUGAACGUCUGCACAAGUUUUACGGCUUCUGGGGCCAGUUCCUCGACGAGCACCAGCCGGCGGCCGACCAUGUCUGGAACACGGACGAGUCAGGUGAGCAACACAGGGUUGUGGUGUGGUGUCGGCAGUAGCUGCUGUGUGACGGAUUGUGAGCUUGUUUCUACAUUUGAGCUG